AUGAAAACGCGAGUGCGACCAAGUGCCCUGGAUGCCCAACUUCGGCAGGCUUGCCUUGAAGAGGUUGAACUCGGCCAUGCUCUCGGCCCUUUUCGUGAGGAUGAACUCAAUGCCAUGUUUGGCAUGGGCCAAUGGCGCCCCCUGGAACGCUUCGUCUUGGAACAAGGGGAUGCGAAACUACGGUGUAUUGACAGUGGCAAGAAGCCGGGACAUAACAGCGCCACCCGUGAGCGUGAAACCAUUUUCACUUCUUCAGUUGACACCUUUUUGCCCCUGCUACGCAGUACAUGCAAGGCGGCACUAGAAGGGAACCUUCUCGAGGUGCUUCCGGGUCUUUUGGCCUUCGUCCUUGGCACUGAAGACAUGAAGUAUGCUGACAGGCAGUGCCCGGUGUCUCCCCGGCACUUGUGCGUGUCCACCGUGGCCUACUGGGACGUUCAGGCCAAUGAGCAUCGCUUCUUGAUUUUGCAAGGCUUGCCGUUCGGGCUUUCUUCCAGCGUACUUUGUUUUAACAGAACGCCAGCUCUCAUUUCAGCCAUGUGCAGACGCAUGACCGCCACCUUGAGGGCCUGCAAUUCCCCUGCAGGGAUCAUUGGACCCUGCCAAAUCUCAGCCGCCUGCUUUUGCACGGACUUUCCUCGGCCUCUCCGUGAAUCUCUCCGCAGCCGGCCCUCUGGGGUCAUCAGCAUGGAUCUCAAGCCGGGCUACCGCGACACAUUGCGAGAUCAGAUCGCUUUGAUCCUGUCCGAGAACCGCCUUUCUGCUGGCAUGGCCGAGUUAGACGAUGCUCUGAAGGACAGCCUUGUGUUCCAUUCUGUCCUCGCCUCCUUCGUGCAGCCGCGCCUGGUGCCCUUGGCUCCUGCCCAGGAUGGUCUAGUCAGAAUCUACAGUGACGCCUCAUACGAGCCUGAUGCGAGAGUGCCAGCACGACUCGGUUUUGUUGUCUUUCCUGCGAACCAUGGUGUUCCGCUGGGAUUCAGUGCAGACAUUACCGAUGAUAUCUUGAACCGUUUCCAGGUUCGCAAAACUCAGAUUGUGCCAUGUGAACCUCUGCUGGGAGUUGUCGUCCCUGACAACUGCGCUGAAGUUCUUAGGGGCCGUGAUGUUGUUUGGUACAUAGAUUCCCAACCAGCUUGCCAACUCCUUAUGAAGGGUUCUAGUUCCGUCCCAGACUUGUGCAUCAUCGCAUCUCUGACGCAGCUGCUCUUGGCCCGCUUGGGGGCCAGGGUGUACCGGGAGUGGAUUGACUCCAGCGCCAACGCGGCUGAUGGCUUUUCCCGCGAGCCAAGGCUGGCAGUUUGCCACGGACGAAGUUUUGCCCUCCCUCCCUCCCAGGCGAAUCGUUUGCGCUUCUUUUGUGCGGAUGGACGUCAGCUGGAGUUCAAAGCUGUGGCAGGGCGGUUGCAGUGCGCCAUAGACGGGUCAUGGAGACGUCCGUUCCGAUACAUGACUUUCAACGAGGACUCAACUGUGGAGCUACCGGAACUUCGACAAGUUGUGCGGCUAUUUCAGAGCGAUGCGAGCCGACUCCGUGCAGAGCUUCAAGAGCUGGCUUGCUUUUCGGGCAUCGGCACCAAGUUUCUGGAGGCGCGAAGUAAUUCACUGGUCCGAGUGUCCUUGGCGGGCUAUGGUCUUCAAUACACAGUGGAUGGAAGUUGGCGCCCACCCUUUCGGCAGCUGGAGUUUCAUGACGACAUGGUCAUGUUCCCGGACAUCUGCCAUUCCGCCCAGCUUCCGAAGUCGUCAACAGCCUGCAUCCGGUCCACUCUGCAGGUGCUGGCUGCUGAGAUGGGUUUCGGCACAUCCUUCGUUGAGGCCAGAGGCAAAGGCUGCGUGUGGAUGACGCUGGCGAGUCACGGCAAGUUGCAGUACACUGUCGACGGAGCUUGCCGCCCUCCUUUCUCGAAGAUGCGGUUUGAGGACUCCUUCGUGCACUUCCCGGAGCUGGGAACGACGGCCAAGCUGCCGCAGGCCAAAGCGGCCGAAUUGAGGGCGCAGCUUCAAGAUCUUGCGGUGGCAGCAUCUGUGGCCGUGCAGUUCAGAGAUUCGAGGGGUGACGUGCGGGUUUUCUGUGCAGAUGAUCGACUCUUGCAGUGCUCAUUGGACGGGGAUGUGCAGCCGACUUUUCAGCAGAUGACCUUCACACAGGAUGGCUCCGUGGAUUUCCCUGAAAUAGGGCAGUCCUUCCAGCUACCUCUUGGUCUCGAAAGCCCGCUGAGGAUGCAGCUCCAGGAGCUCGCUUGCAAGGCCCACCUCGGAGUCAUGUUCCACGGUGCCAGAAGUACCGGUGGAUCCCUUCUGCGCUUUCAUGUGAGCUCUCGGUGCCUACAGUACACCGUGGAUGGCUCGUGGCGUGCCCCGAUCCAGCAGAUGUGCUUUUGUGAAGACGGCCUGGUCUCUUUUCCGGAGUUGCAAAAGACGGUGAGACUGCCAGAGGAAGAUGUCGAAUCUCUCAGGAUCAUGCUCCAAGACCUUGCAAAUCUUGCUGGCCUUGGGACUUGCUUCGUGGAUCCUCAAGGCAGAAGGUCCAUCCGGGUGUCCAUUGCCGGAGAUGGCCUCCUGCAGUACUCGGUGAACGGAUCUUGGAGACCCUGCUUCCACGAGCUCCGUGUCCGGGACGGUUGGUUUGAGAUUCCGGAGUUGGGCAAAAGUGCCAAGCUGCCGGACGACCAAGUGACAGCCUUGGCCCAUCGCCUCCAAGAGCUCCAGCAGAUGGCAUCCCUCAUGUCCCAAAGGAGACCGCAAGGACAGUCGGAGACCGGCCCGGCGCUGGCCGGUUGCUACAUGUACAUCGACGGCCAGCAAACUUCCAGGUCGGCGACCGGGUCACCUUUACGGAAGCACCUCUUGCUGGCUUGCUGUUUGCCUCAGUAA